AAAAACUGCAUUUUUGACGUUUCACUUUCAGGUACUUUUCCAGUGGUGUGCGUGGAUCAGCCGAAAAAGUAGUCAGGCCGUUUUAUCGAACGUAGAAACUUGCUAGACAUGUCGGAAACCGAGAAAAGUGAUUUCAUUGAGCAGCACCAGGGCCAUCGUCUUUCGGAGGAAAGUUCGGAUGACGAAGCGGAAAGUGCCACUGCCAGCAACCAGGAGCCAUCGGGGAGUGCGAAACGGAAGGCCGAUUCGGACGGUGACGAGCAGCCCGAGCAUGAAUUGGAACCACAAGCGAAGGUACCAAGGGAUAACAACGCCACCGUGGUGGCUUCCCACUAUAACAAAUUGGAGGAACGAGGUCUGCACGAGAGGUCCAAGUCGAGGAUAUUCUACAUGAGAAAUUUCAACAACUGGAUCAAGAGCAUUCUGAUCAAUCGGUAUCUGAACCGGAUAAAGGAGAAAGCGGCCCUGGGGACUCCGCUCCGGGUGAUGGACAUGUGCUGCGGAAAAGGAGGAGAUUUGCUCAAAUGGAUCAAGGGGAACAUCACGCAUCUGAUCUGCACGGACAUUGCGGAAGUGAGCGUCGAGCAGUGCGAGGCCAGAUACAAGAACAUCACCCAGAAGCCGGACCAGGGUGGCGGAAAGUUGUUCACGGCGGAGUUCUUCGCAGCAGAUGCAACCCUCCAGCGCUUGAGGGAAAAGUACCGGGACCCGUCGAUUGACCUCCACCUGGUCAGCUGCCAGUUCGCCUUCCACUACUGCUUCGAGUCCCUGAAGCAGGCCGAGUUCAUGCUGAAGAACGCCGCCGAAUGCCUGAAAGAGGGCGGCUACUUCAUCGGAACCAUUCCGGAUGCGAACGAGAUCAUGAAGCGGCUGCGAGCGGCCGGUGAGGGAGCCGACAGCUUCGGAAACGACGUCUACCAGAUUACGUUCCUGUGCGACACGGAAACGCCGCCGCUCUUCGGAGCCAAGUACAACUUCCAGCUGGACGGCGUGGUGGAUUGUCCGGAAUUCCUCGUCCACUUCCCCACCCUGGAGAAACUGGCGCUCAAGUUCGGAUUGAAGCUGGUGGAGAAGAAACGGUUCGACGAGUUCUACGAGGAAUCCGUGUCCACCGGGCGGGGACUUCUGGAGAAGAUGCAAGCGCUGGAGACGUUCCCGGGCUUCUCGAGGGACGACCGCGAACGGCAGCAGAACCGGGAAGAGUACCGACACGCACAGCAGUACCUGGACCGGAAGGACGGACGCUACGGCAAAGUGGGAACGCUGUCCAAGUCCGAGUGGGAAGCUAGCACUCUGUACAUGUUCUUCGCUUUCCAGAAGAUGAAAAAAUCCUGGGAUAAGGAUGGAAAGCCAGUUUACUCAUAAAAAUGCUUUCGUAUUGUAAUCUACGAAGAGCUUCUUUUUAGUCUACAAAAUAUUCUGUCGUAUUGUGUUUUUGAAAAUUUUGAUCAUUUUGUGUCUAAUGUAUUGUAUGUAUGCAUACUAAAUGCUGAUGUAGAAGUUAUUUUUACUAACCUUUCUAAAUUGUUAUAUUUCUUGAUGAAAAUCUCAUUUUGGAUAACAUUUUACUACUGAGCUCUUCAGUACAUAAGUAGGCACGUUGAAUUAUUUUACAACUAUUCUUCAAAUUGUAGAGAAGAGUCCAAUCAAUUAUUAUUUUGAUCUUUUCCUAUUCAUAAGAAAAUAAAAGUGCAGUUUGAUUAGUGGUACAGGCUGUGU